GUUUUCUGAGUGAAAAUGGCAAGAAAAAGAGACUCUGUAAUCCUGCUUUAAAACUGAUAGAAAGGAAAAGGAACUUCGUCAUGUAUUAAAGUUUAAUCCCCAGUACUUAAACAUCACACCAACUUGGAAAGCUAUGCUGUUUAGGCUAGAAGAAAUUCUGAAAUGGGUCGGUAUCACCAUUUUUGAAAUAUGGCUACACCUGGUAUCGGUAUUUGUGUUUUCCUUCCUAGCAGUCUUCAAAUAUGAGGGCUUCAUUCACUGCAGCUGGUACGAGGCAUUUAUUCCGCUAUUCAUAUGUGACGGGCUCUGUGCUUACUUUGUGAUUAUAGUGUAUGUGAGGAUGUACCGCGAUCGAUCAUCAGUAAUUCGUCUGUUGUCGUCGCUGCUCUCCAUUGUUUUAUUAUUUGUAUUCAAAGUGUUACUGUGUCAGAAACUGAACAAGGAGAAGAUUAUCACAUACUCCGAAGUAAUGGUUCCUUUAUUUGCCCUAGUCGUCAUUGUCAUGUUCAGAUCUUGUCAUGUAAAUAACUGACUUGAACUACCAGAGAAAACUUUUAAUAUCUGUUCUGUAAAACUUAAAUUUACAAAAGUUGUCAUUCCAUUAUUUUAAAUAAAUAUUGAAAUUCUCUAAA